ACACUCAAACACACGCACACAUAUAUACACACCCUCCACCCCCAUCGCUGCAGUGUCUCAACUGCCUUGGAGCAAAAAAGAGAGAAUAUAGAACACAGACGUUAAUAAGACAGAGGAAGAGGGCCGCUGAAAGACAGAGAGAUGUACGUGUUAGAUCCUAUGAAAAUGAGGACGAUAUGAAGAUGAAGCGGCAGGACUAAAGGUGGAUUGCACAGAGCCCUUCUCUUCCUGCAAGGGCUUGUCUGCAGUAUCCUUUGUACAUGGAUGCUGGCUUGUGAACACGGCCUUCAGUUGUUGGGAAGAUAUAUCACAAGAGAAGAAGCAGAAAAGAUUUUAUCACGAGGAUCAAGCAAAACGGGGCAAAUAUCGAACUGAGGUGGAUAGUUGCAGAAGCCAAACAAGGGCAACAUACCACAAGAGCCAUGUGGGAGGAGAGUGAAUGGGAUUUGCUGUUCGCACGCAUCAAGCCCAAACACUUUCUCUGCUGACAUACACUGAACUUUCCUCAGCCUUCCACCAGAGCUUUUCCUCAGGGGGAGUCCCUGCUAUGAACCCCAGCUCCACUGGCUUCAGCAGGCAGUCCAAUCUCAGUGCCAGGCACUGCGUGGGCAUCCCACAAGUCUGGGUUCUGCCCACACAGAACUCACAGACUGCCCCUGAAAAAAUAGGAAUGAAAUACUCCUGAGCCGCUCCUUUGUGUUGUUGUUUUCCUGCCUUGUGUUAAAUUGAUCUGUUGCAAUUUUUGCUGCCUCGUUCUCCAAUACUCACAAAAAAUCAUCUCUGGCUCUUCCAUCAGCCUUCUUACACUCACCACUUCCUUAUAAUUUGCUUUCCCAUCACACAGCAGCACGAGUUCCUUUGUGCUUACCACGUGGCGGAGGACCAUGGGAUGUCGUCAGAGCUCGGAGGAAAAGGAAGCAGCGAGGCGCUCACGGCGGAUUGACCGCCACCUGCGCUCGGAAAGUCAACGGCAGCGGCGUGAGAUCAAGUUAUUGUUACUUGGUACCAGCAACUCUGGCAAGAGCACCAUUGUCAAACAGAUGAAAAUCAUCCAUAGUGGAGGCUUCAACCUGGAGGCCUGCAAAGAGUACAAGCCCCUCAUCCUGUAUAAUGCCAUUGACUCUCUGACUCGCAUCAUCCGUGCCCUCACCACUCUUAAGAUUGACUUUCACAAUCCUGACCGCGCCUAUGAUGCCGUGCAGCUCUUCGCCCUCACAGGGCCAGCUGAGAGCAAAGGGGAGAUCACUCCAGAGUUGCUGGGGGUAAUGAAACGUCUGUGGGCAGACUCAGGGGUUCAGGAGUGCUUUCAACGAUCCAAUGAAUACCACUUAGAGGACAACACUGCCUACUACCUGAAUGACCUGGAUCGCAUCUCUGCACCUGAGUACAUCCCUACUGUAGAGGACAUCCUCCGCUCCCGAGACAUGACCACAGGCAUUGUGGAGAACAAGUUCACCUUCAAGGAGCUCACCUUCAAGAUGGUGGAUGUAGGAGGACAACGUUCAGAGAGAAAGAAGUGGAUUCAUUGUUUCGAGGGCGUGACUGCAAUCAUUUUCUGUGUUGAGUUAAGUGGCUAUGACCUCAAACUCUACGAAGACAACCAGACGAGCCGCAUGGCCGAGAGCUUGCGUCUGUUUGACUCAAUCUGCAACAACAACUGGUUCACCAACACGUCACUCAUCCUCUUCCUCAACAAGAAGGACUUGCUGGCUGAGAAGAUAAAACGCAUUCCACUGACAGUGUGCUUCCCUGACUACAAAGGUCAAAACACCUAUGAGGAGGCAGCUGUCUAUGUGCAACGGCAGUUUGAGGACCUCAACCGCAACAAGGAGACCAAGGAGAUCUAUUCGCACUUCACCUGUGCCACUGACACCAGCAACAUCCAGUUUGUGUUCGACGCUGUCACGGACGUGAUCAUCCAGAACAAUCUCAAGUACAUUGGGCUAUGCUAGGACCUGACACUGGGUGGGCGGUUGUGGGGAUGGGGUGGGGUGAAGCGGGCAACUUGGCAGCAGUUGGCCCGCCGUCAGGCUGGAAAAACAAAGGCCUGUCUGUCUCCCUGAUGGUUUAUCUCUUUAAAGAGGUGCAACAGAGAACUGGAAAGGAAAUGAGGUGGUGAGAUGGUCAGGGAUGGACGAUACUGUAGAUUCAACUCAAACAACAGAGCUGAAGGGCCGUGGGCAAGAUGGGAUUUUUACCCUAUGUGUUUGCACUGAAUAUGAGUAUGCAGAGACACCCAAACACACACAGAAACACAAACACACACAGCAACACACAUUCUUAUAGUUUGCUCACACAAGCGAUCAAUGGAUCAACAGCCAAGCUCUUGUUUGACAAGGCGACACUGGAAUUUUUAGAUAGCUACUCCAGCCUGCCUGUCAAACCUGAGAUUGAGAGUAGGUGUGUACUGGCAGUUUUCUUUACUCAUGUCUCCUUUAUCUUAUUUGCCUGAGUCAAUUAAUGCUGCUUUACAAAAAAUAAUCUGGACAGAAUCAAUGCUCUCUUUUGGAUCGUCACCAAACAAUAGAAAACAGUGAGUGCACUUGAUGAGAUGUAGAGAGAGCCUUUGUUUCUGGGGGGGGAAAAAAAAGUCAGUAGACAUGAUGUCACAGGGUUUCUGCCUACAAAAGGAAACUGCCACAGUCUAAAGUUGGAGUAAAAUAUGUUUUCUACACACACUUUUUGUUUGUUCCCCUGGUUGACCCUCUAUGCUGCCCCUCCCCCCAUUUCUUUAAUUUUUUUUUUUUUUUUUUUUUUGUGCUUUAAAAAGAAGAAUAUGUCUCUCAAGCCUGCCCUUAGUAGCAGGUCACUGACUUAAAAUACCAAGAGUAUGUUACACUCGGCAGAGUAAAAAGUAUUUAUGAUCAUUCCAGUUUCCAGAAAGAGAAAAAUAAAAAACAGUGCCAAGAUCAGUUUGUAAAUAAAAUCAGAUCCCAUCCAUUAAUUUUUUGCUUUGUUUUUAUGGACAAAAACAUUAAACCAUGCAUGAUUUUGUUACUUUGGGAUACUAAUAUAUUUUCUUUGGGAUUAUGUUUCUCUUUUCCUAGGUUUUGAAUAAUAUAUAAAUAAUAUAUUCCCUUAUAUAUAUAUAUAUAUAUAUAUAUAUAUAUAUAUAUAUAUACAUAUGGAAGUCGAACACUGUGUACGAUUGUACAGUUGUCAGAGAGGAAUCUAUUGAAAAAGAGAUAUAUCAAUAUAAUAAUGGUUAAAAUAAUGUUAUGAUGAAGAUGAAGAAGAUUACAGUGAUAUUGGUCAUUACAGUGCUGACAAUGAAAAUCUCACUUUAAAGUUAGCAUGAAAGGAAAAACUGGAUCAAAGGAGAACAAGACUUUUGAAGAAUAAAAAAAAAAAAAAAAAGAAAAACCACAAAUUGAAAUUUCAAUCUUCCUUGCAUUAUCUAAGUGGAAAUUGUUCAACAGUCAGUCAGUAUGAUGUGUAAAUAUACUGUAAGGUGCACUCUUUGUUCAAAUGAAAAUAAAGGUUGAGUUGGGAUACUGUUGGUGAGAUAAAGAGAGCGAUCAAGGAGGAAGAUGUGUCUUUACUCCUCCUCUUACCCUUUCUUUUCAGAUCAGAGAACAACUCAGCCAAGGGCUUCAGGCUUGACUUUACAGGAUGUCCACUACAACUAAAAGCGAAAAACAUUGACAUAAGAAAUAUAUAAAAAAAGAAAAAAAAAGAAAAAAAAAAGGACAAUAACUAUGAAUAAAACAACUUAUGCAAAUUUUUAUGGUGUAGUGAAUGUGUGUUUGGGUGGUUGUUGUGUCAACAGUGCUUUAAAUGUGUUUGGGAUGGGAGUGUUCACACUGCCAGAAGCCCUCUGGGCCACGAUCCCUUCUUGUUCUAAUUAUGCAUCAAAUGAUUUGCAAUCUGUAACAGGACGUUCUGUCCGAAAUCCAGACUUCCAUCCUUAGUGUCCAAAAUCAUGACAUAAAAAGAGUUUGUCCUCUCCGUACAAUGUAGCCACUGGAGCAAGAAGAAUUCAAGCAUGAAGUAUGCAAUUAAAUUACUCCUGAAUGAA